GUCGAUUUUUCUUCUUCCGAUGACUUCUUUUAUUUCUUCUUUUCCUAACUUUCUCAAUUCUCGUCCCAAUCCAUCCCUGUUCAUGCGUUGAAGCUCACCGAGUCGUGAGACCGACCUGUGACGACAUAACCUAACUCUCCUCUGGACAUUCCGCCUCGGUCCAUUGGACUUCUUCUAUCCGCAGGCAUGACUGCAUCCUGGUGCGCCCUCCGUGGCACUCGCCAGCUUGCCCUUCGUACGCGGUUGCGUACCUCUCCUGCCUCAAUCUCCCUGCGAAAGGCCUAUCCCUCGCCGGUCUUGGCCACUCGCCCAACGCCAGCUUCACGACGGGCAGUUUAUACCAGCUCCGUAGCUGACCAUGGCGACCCUCAUCCUCGCGAUCUCUUCCAACCCCUCGACACCUUCCCCCGCCGUCACAUUGGCCCCUCACCCGAGGCGGCUCAGGAGAUGCUGGCCGCAUUGGACCCUCCGCAAAAAGACCUCACAGUCACCCCUCCCAGCGCCGACAUCAACCUGCCUCGCUCCAGUACGGAUAUGCUGAAGCUGCUUGAGACCUACCGCAAGCAGAUUGACGUCUCCGGCAAGACAUACCUGGGAACCGGCUACUACCCCACCAUUGUUCCUCCGGUUAUCCUCCGCAACAUCCUGGAAAACCCCGCUUGGUACACCAGCUACACUCCCUACCAGCCUGAAAUCAGUCAAGGCCGUCUGGAGUCGCUUCUGAACUUUCAGACCCUGACCGCCGACCUGACCGGCUUGCCAUUCGCCAAUGCCUCCGUCCUGGAUGAGGCCACCGCUGCCGCCGAGGCCAUGACCAUGUCUCUGGCCACCCUCCCCAUGGCUAAGCAGAAGAAGCCGGGCAGGGCGUAUGUGACCAUUGCGGUCAUGCAGUCUCGCGCUGAAGGAUUCGGAAUCAACCUGGUCGUUGGUGACAUCAUGGCGAACGACUUUGAGCUGGUCAAGAAGCAAGGUGACAAUCUCAUUGGUGUUCUCGCGCAAUACCCCGACACCGAGGGUGGUGUGUACGAUUUCCAGGCCCUCAGCGACAGCAUCCACGCCGCUGGUGGUACCUUCAGCGUUGCUACCGAUCUGCUGGCUUUGACGCUCCUCAAGGCUCCCGGUGAGUUCGGUGCGGAUAUCGCAUUUGGUAACGCCCAGAGAUUCGGUGUCCCCAUGGGAUUCGGUGGUCCUCACGCCGCUUUCUUUGCCUGCGCCGACAAGUACAAGCGGAAGGUUCCUGGACGUGUCGUCGGUGUGUCCAAGGACCGUCUGGGCAACCGGGCCUUGAGAUUGGCUCUGCAGACCCGCGAGCAGCACAUCCGUCGCGAAAAGGCCACCAGCAACAUUUGCACGGCCCAGGCUCUGCUUGCCAACAUGAGUGCCAUGUAUGCCGUUUAUCACGGUCCGGUUGGCCUCAAGUCUAUCGCCCAGCGUGUCAUGGCCAUGACCUCGACUCUGCAGGAGAAGCUGACUGCCUUGGGUUACAACGUUCCCGUCAAGGGCGGCGCUGUUUUCGACACCCUGUCUGUCGAAUUUGCCAGCAGCCAAGAGGCUGACGCCCUCAUUGCGGCCGCUCGCGAGCAGAACACCUUCCUCCGCCGCGUGUCUGCCACCAAGGUCGGUAUCUCUCUUGAUGAGACCGUUGGCCGCGAAGAGGUCAAGUCUCUGCUGCAGGUCUUCUCCAAGCACGCCGGCAAGAGCGAGGUUGAGCUCUCUGAGGAGAUUGGCAUCAAGUCCAUUCCCUCUAACCUGGAACGGACCUCGUCCUACCUCACCCACCCCGUGUUCAACACGCACCAUUCCGAAACCGAAAUGCUGCGGUACAUCCGCCACCUCGAAUCCAAGGACCUGUCUCUCGCUCACUCGAUGAUUCCUCUUGGCUCCUGCACCAUGAAGCUCAACGCGACCACCGAGAUGAUCCCCGUCUCCUGGCCCGAGUUCUCGCAGAUCCACCCCUUCACGCCCGCCGACAGGGCCAAGGGCUACACGCAGAUGAUUGACGAUCUUGAGCAGCAGCUUGCCGACAUCACCGGCAUGGCCGAGAUCACCGUGCAGCCCAACUCUGGUGCUCAAGGCGAAUUUGCUGGUCUGCGUGUCAUCAAGAAGUACCUUGAAGCCACCGGAGGCGAGAAGCGCAAUAUCUGCCUGAUUCCUGUCUCGGCUCACGGCACUAACCCUGCUAGUGCUGCCAUGGCUGGUAUGCGCGUGGUCUCGAUCAAGUGCGACACCAAGACCGGCAACUUGGACCUGGCUGACCUCAAGGCCAAAUGCGAGAAACACAAGGAUGAACUUGCGGCCAUCAUGAUCACCUACCCCAGCACCUUUGGCGUGUACGAGCCUGGUGUCAAGGAGGCCUGCCAGAUUGUCCACCAGCACGGCGGACAGGUCUACAUGGACGGUGCCAACAUGAACGCGCAGAUCGGUCUGUGCUCUCCCGGCGAGAUUGGUGCUGAUGUGUGCCACUUGAACCUGCACAAGACCUUCUGCAUCCCCCACGGCGGUGGUGGCCCCGGCGUGGGUCCCAUUGGCGUCGCGGAGCACCUGCGUCCUUUCCUACCUUCGCACCCAGCCAGCGACGCUGCUCCUUGGGGUAGCGCCAGCAUCCUUCCCAUCACCUUCAACUACAUCAACAUGAUGGGUGCGAAGGGUUUGACCCAUGCCACCAAGAUUACGCUUCUGAAUGCCAACUACAUCCUCUCCCGUCUCAAGCCCCAUUAUCCCAUUCUUUACACCAACGACAACGGUCGCUGCGCCCACGAGUUCAUCCUCGAUGUGCGCAAGUUCAAGGAUACCUGCGGUAUCGAGGCCAUCGAUAUUGCCAAGCGUCUGCAGGACUACGGCUUCCACGCCCCCACCAUGUCCUGGCCGGUGGCCAACACGCUCAUGAUUGAGCCCACCGAGUCGGAGAACAAGGCGGAGCUGGACCGGUUCUGUGAUGCGCUCAUUUCCAUUCGCAAGGAGAUUGCCGCCGUUGAGAGCGGCGAGCAGCCCCGUGAGGGUAACGUUCUCAAGAACGCCCCUCACACGCAGCGCGAUCUGCUGUCCAGCGAGUGGACCCGUCCCUACUCGCGGGAGGCUGCGGCGUAUCCCCUUCCAUAUUUGGUGGAGAAGAAGUUCUGGCCCUCGGUGACCCGAGUAGAUGAUGCAUACGGUGAUCAGAACCUGUUCUGCACCUGCGGCCCGGUAGAGGAGACGGAUUAAAUGAUACCCAUGUUUCAACAUUCUUCUGAUUCAGUUUUAUUUCAACCUUUUUUUUCAACACUUGCCUGGAGGCAUUUACGGUGGCAUGAGCAGCAUGAUACGAUUCAACAAGUCAUGAUAGACAUUGGGAUGGCGUUUGAUUUGUUUAGAGUGGCGGCC